CUUUUCAUUGAUACAAGAGCCUAUUUAAGGUGGGAAGUCCACUUGUCAAACUUAGACUCCACCGAAACCUAUCAGUCGUGUAACCAUUAGCAUUUAUUGACAUAUUCUCCAUAAUGAAGAUGCUGCUGUGUUUGUCUGUGCUGCUCUCUGUUUUUCUGUUGGCUAGUUCAGCUCCUCCAACAUGCUACUCAAGGAUUCUGUCUCUGAGCAAAGAAAUCAUGACAUCAUUUAAGAGUUUACAGAACACUGAACCUGUGGAUCCCUGUGUGGAGAUGCUGCCCACGCUCUACUUGGACAUACAUAAUUAUUGCGUGUUGGCAAAACUCCGUAACUUUGUGGCAUACCCUGCAUGCCAAAGAGUGCCGCAAGUGAGUGCUCUGAAGGAAAAGAUUCGGAGCCUCUACACCAUCAUGAUCUCUUUCUGCAGAAGGGACUUAGCAUUCCUUACCGAUGAUUGUGAUGCUCUGGAAAUCCCUAUCCUGUCUCCUAUUGAUCCCUCUGUUGUUCAGAGCUGAGAGAGUCAGGCCACAGGAAGCACCUGGGAUGGUUUGAAGGAAGCAACAAGCCCCCUACCCCAAAAUGCAACUACCUACAACAUUAACAACUUUGUUCUUCGUCAAGCACACUAGCACUAUUAUCUCAGACCUACCCAUGUUUCUCAGCCUUGGCAGGAAAUGACCUGCAUGCCUUACAUACCUAUCAAGCUGCUAUUGAAACUAUGGUUAGAAAGCAUGUUAGUCCUUCGGCAUUUGAUGUUUCGGUUUAGCCAAAUUAGAAAAGAAUGUGUUAUUGGAUCAAAAAUUAAAUGCUGGUGUAGUUACUUUUUCAUGAAUAACGACAUUCAUACAAAGAAAAAUAUGAUUCAUGGUGUCACAGAGGUUCUGCUCUCAUUAGAGGUAGUCUUGCAAUUUUCUAUUUUUCUAAAGCAGUUGAUAGAAGAGUUUAUACAUCUCUGUACUUGUUUAGUUUAUACAUGUAUGUUGAUCACUUUUAGCAUCAACCUUGUAUGUAUAAAAAGUAGCCCUUUGGUUAAUGGAAAUCUCAGUGAAAAACUAAAUAAUAAUAAUAAAAACCCUUCUACCCAGA